UUUUACUUUCGCUUUAAGUUUUGUAAAGGUUUGACGUCUGUUAGACAGUUAUAGUGUUACAGUUCGUGAGUUACUUCAGUUACCUAAGACAUUAUUGCGUUAGCUUAUAUAUGGAUCAAAUGUCAAUUUUAUAUUAGAAAAAACCUAUUGGCAGACGUGGACAAUGUGUUCAAUGAUGCAAUAACAUAAAAACGCAUAUAGAACUUGUAUAUUUUCGAUAAAUUUAUGUACAUGUUACACAUAGCACUACUAAAGUGUUUUCACUGAAGUUGGUAGGAAUAACAAUUCUAUGAUAUGUCAUAUCUGCGAAGUACUCAUUUAGUAGAGGGUAUUGGCGAUGAAGUGCUGUACGGAAUUGGUGCCUUUUUAGGAAUCCUUGUACCACUGGUUGUAUACAUAACGAACAGGGGCAGUGAAGGUGCCCAAAAUAUACACCCUGACAGUGAGGAAAAUGUUCGAUCUACCCGUGAGCAUGUUCAAGCCACCACAAGAGUUCGCACCAAUCCUGGUGAAAUAGACUGCCCAGUCUGUCUAGGAAAUACACAAUAUGGAAUAGAAACAAAUUGUGGUCACAUCUUUUGUGGUACCUGUAUCAUCACAUACUGGGAGCAUGGUACCUGGUUAGGAGCUGUAAGGUGUCCUGUAUGUCGUCAACAGGUUACUCUUCUGCUAGUCCAUUUUACUGACGAAGAGCAGAACCAACCAAGUGCAAGUAAAACAGAAAUUCUAAACAAGAUUGCUGAUUACAACAGGCGCUUUUCUGGAGAACCUAGGCCUUUGAUGGACUAUCUGAGAGACCUGCCGACUCUGCUUCGACACGCCUUACGUGAAUUUUUCUCUGUUGGCGGUCUAAUAUGGAUGUUUCGUCUUCGCAUCAUUGCUAUCUUCUUAGCUGCAUUACUCUACUUUAUUUCUCCAUUAGACAUUAUUCCAGAAGCAGUGUUUGGAAUCUUGGGGUUUCUAGAUGAUUUAUUUGUACUGCUUCUACUAGCUAUUUACAUCAGUAUUAUCUACAGAAAUUAUGUUCAGACGCGUGCAAAUGCAACCAGUUAAUGUUAUUUUCACUGAUAUAUGUAUAUGUAAUUAUAUGUAAUUAUUUGAUAUUAGUGAAUCAUCAGAGAAAUAAUUAAAAACUGUGAACUGUGAUAUGUCAAUUAACAGUUGAUAUAACAAUGUGGGCAGAAAAAGUAGUUUUGAAUUAGUCACAGGUGUAUACGUACUAUCCUUAAUAUCCUUGAAAUAUGUUUCUCAUAAAAAUAAUUUCAGACUAAUAUAGUAAAUAUUUUCCCCUCAAUAUGUAAUAAAAUUUUCAAGUUUUUCAUUGAAUUUUGAUAUAAUUGUUGUGUUAUGGCCAACCAUUUAACAAUAGUUUUCAUCUCUCUGAUCAUUAAAUGGACCAUUUCAUCUGAUUUUGUCAAAAGCUGUUUUAAAAAUAAGGAAAUGUGCCAAAAAGAUCAGUCCUUUGCAUUUUAAUACCCCUUGUAUGGUAGAUUAUGUUGACUGAUGUGAUUCUUAUGUAGGAUUAUGUGUAAUUUAGGUUUUUGUAACAUAUUCAUCACAGUUUAUCCAGUUAUCCCCAUACAGUUUGCCAGAACAGAUAAUAUUUUAGAAUAUUUUAUGAAUUUUGAUUUAAAGGGGUAUCUUCACAACUUUUGUCAAUUUCUAUCUUCUUAUUAUUUGCAAUGCUUUAAGAAUCAUUUAUAAUGAUAAAUCAAAAUUUGAGAGACAAUCGUAGAGUUAUAAGCAAGAUACUGGGCUCACAAUUCCAUGUCAUGUGAACAAGGCUUGUGCCCUGUUUUUGUUUACAUAGGUUCAAUAUACCAGUAAAAAAUCUUUUUCAAGCUGAUUUGUUGAUUUUUUUAUUCAUUUUAAGCAUACUAACACUUGAAAGGUCACUUCAACAUUCAAACACACAGCAAACAAUUUUAAGCUCUGUAAUUUGCUUAUAACUCAACGAAUGACACUCAUAUUUUGUAAGCCUAUGAAAAAUGUCUUACUGAAGCAUUGAAAACAUUAAAACUGGAAAAAUAAUUUUUGACCAAAAUCGUGUCCAUGACCAUUUAAAGUGAGAGGUUACUUACAGUUUUAAUAAAGAAGAACAGUUAUUUUAAAAUAUUUUUAGCUCACCUGAGCCAAAGGCUCUUAGCUUUUCUAAGAAAAAUUUGUUCAUUGUCUGUCAUCCUUGUUGUUGUUGUUGUUAUCAUAAUCUUUUCACACUUCCAUCUUCCAAAGAACUACUGUACCAAUUUGGCGCAAAGUAUUUAGAGGGAAGGGCUUUCAAGUCUAUUCAAAGGAAGGCCCAGUCUAGAGAUAAUAAGAAAAGAUUGAAAAUAGGGUUGGAUGUUUUCAAAAAUCUUCCCCAAAACAACUGAGCCAAUUUCAACUAAACUUGAUACAUUGUAUCAGUGGGAGAAGACCUUUUGAAUUAGUUCAAAUGAAGCGCCAUGUCCCCUUGCAAACAAUAGAUUGCAAUUGGUUUGCUGUCAUUGAUUACACCCUGUAAUCAUUUAUAGUCAUUUACAGUCUAUAAAACCAGUCUAUUAUUUUUCUCUAUCGGUAAAAUCAUUUACAUUAUUUUGUUGAAUGUUGUAUUUUUUAUGUAGAAUAUUUCUUUCUGUUAGGUGCACACACUGAAAUAAAUAAA